CUGACGAGUGACAGACAAUGGCUCUGCUGUGGCUGCUGAGCUGCCUGGCUCUGGUGGGCUUUGCCCGUGCCGCCCUCCCUGAGGACUGCGGCGUGCCCGCCAUCGCCCCCGUCGUCCGUGGCUACACCCGCAUCGUCAACGGGGAGCCGGCAGUGCCGGGGUCCUGGCCAUGGCAGGUGUCCCUGCAGCGCUACGGGAGCUUCCACUUCUGCGGCGGGUCCCUGAUCAGCGAGAACUGGGUGGUCACCGCUGCCCACUGCGGCGUCAGGAAAACCGACAAAGUGGUGGUGGGUGCCUAUGACCAGAACAACCCCAGCACUGCUCAACAGACGCUGACCAUCGAGAAGGUACCGCUGGGGCGGGGGCUCUGUGCCCCCCCGGACGCCGUGGUGUGGCCCCAGUCGGUGGGGCAGGUCCAGGAGUUGGCCGCGCUCUGCUACCGCCGGCGUGUGCCCAUGGUGCCCUUUGGCACCGGCACUGGCCUCGAGGGCGGUGUCAAUGCCGUGCAGGGCGGCGUCUGCUUCGACCUGAGCCGCAUGGACAGCAUCGCAGAGCUGAGCCUGGAGGACUUCUCGGUGACAGUGGAGCCCGGUGUCACCCGCAAGGCCCUCAACAGCCACCUGCGUGGCACCGGGCUCUGGUUCCCUGUCGACCCCGGGGCAGACGCCUCUCUGUGUGGCAUGGCGGCCACGGGCGCCUCGGGCACCAACGCCGUGCGCUACGGCACCAUGCGCCCCAACGUGCUCAACCUGCGCGUGGUGCUGCCGGACGGGCGCCUGCUCCACACUGCCGGCCCCGGGCGCCAGGCCAGGAAGCGGGCGGCCGGCUAUGACCUGACCUCGCUCUUCGUGGGCUCCGAGGGCACCCUGGGCUUCCUGACUCAGGCCACGCUGCGCCUGCACCCUCUGCCCGAGGCCACCGCCGCCACCAUCGCCUCCUUCCCCGGCGUGGGGGCGGCCGUGGCGUGCACGGUGCAGGUGCUGCAGGCGGCCGUGCCCGUGGCCCGCAUCGAGUUCCUGGAUGAGGUGAUGGCAGAUGCCUGUGGCCGCUACAGCGGGAUGGGGCUGCCGGUGGCAGCCACGCUCCUCCUGGAGCUCCAUGGCUCCCGGAACAGCCUGGCUGAGCAGCAGCGGCAGACGGAGGAGAUCGUGCGACUGAACGGUGGCUCCGGCCUGGCCUGGGCGGAGGAGCCGGAGGAGCGCGGGCGGCUCUGGGCCAUGCGCCACAACGCCUGGUACGCGGCCCUGGCUCUGCGGCCUGGCUGCCAGGGCUACUCCACGGAUGUCUGUGUGCCCAUCUCCCGCCUGCCCGACGUGGUGGUGGAGACCAAGCAGGACCUGCAGGACUCUGGCCUCACCGGACCCAUGGUGGGACACGUAGGCGAUGGCAACUUCCACUGCAUCCUUGUCUUCAACACCCAGGACCCAGAGGAGGCCCAGCGCAUCCACGCCUUCACCCAGCGCCUGGGCAGGCGGGCGCUGGCGGCGGGGGGCACCUGCACCGGGGAGCACGGCGUGGGGCUGGGCAAGCGGGCACUGCUGCUGGAGGAGCUGGGCCAGGAGGGGCUGGACACCCUGCGCUCCAUCAAGGCUGCACUGGACCCCCACAACCUCAUGAACCCCGGCAAGGUGCUCUGAGGGGGGGCCCUGGCAUUGAGCUGGCAGUGGGGGGCUGCAAUCCCUGGAGACAGGGCUGGGGUGGCCACACUGCCCUGCACUGCCACCCUUUGUGUCCCCACAAAUCCC